CUAGAUACUAACGAUAGAACUCUUAGACGUUCACGGAAAAACCAGCAGUAAAGGUUGGCCCAAAUUUUGGCGGGAGGUUGACGUUCCAUCUGAGGGUAGCGCUAAGACCAGUCAUAGCACACUAAAAUGCACAUUUCUAGGUCGUUUUGUAGCUGUGUAGUCCCUGGACGCUGGAGUUGAAGUUGGUACAUGCUGCGAGGCCUUCCCGCUCUAAACCGUUACGUUUAAGCUAUUGCCAGCUUAGGGUCCCCUAGUAAUUGGCAUGCUCAGUGGUGAUGAUUUAAGCGUAUCAUAUCAAGCUACCUGGAAGCAUUCCCAACUGUGCCAGGGCGACUGCCCAGCGACCGAGGUUUCUCCAGCAGGCUUAUCAGUCGCGGAUGCUUUGGGCUUUAUGUGACACUACUUGAAUGAUAGUUGCCUGGCGCGUCGGCCGGGGCUAGCUACGCGACUAGGUGUAGACCAUGGUGCUUAUCGCUCAGCGCGCUGCGGUGAACACAACUCUGGGAACCGUACGAAGCUUUCCGUUGGACAAUGAUAGUGAUGGAGGCGAUGGCGGGCUACCUGGAGUGCAGGUCACUCACAUCCAAGGCGUACAAGCCAGCGCCGAGGGCUUCCAGCUGCAGAUUAAGUCACCGUGGCCAAGCCGAGUGGCCUACGUCACUGCCUUGCCGUCGCAGCGCCUGUCAGAGAUUGCAGUUCAGGCGUGCGGCCAGCUGGGUUUGAAGUGUGGGCAAGUGCCAGAGACUGAGCUCAGCCUGUACGGCCCGGACUUGCGGGAACUGCCGUUAGACAGCACGCUUGAGGCGGCAUGCGGAGGCAGCAGCAGCAGCGACGGCAGUGGCAGCAGCAGCGGUGGGGACCGCCCCGGCAGCUCACUUGGCGGUCAUGCUGUAAGCGCUUCUGGAGGCAAUGGCCUCAUGCGGCUUCACCUGUUGCCGUACAAAGCACUCUGGGAACAAUACUGGAAAGGCGCCUCGAUUGAUCAGCAUGAUGCACAGCACCCGCCGCAGGCCUCAGCGGCGGCUGUUAACGCGCGUGCACAGGAGACGGGGGCUGCUGCUGGCACCCAUGGUGGUGACGGAGGCGCUUGCCACCAUGCCAUUGGCGCCAAGGCAUUACCCACGCAGCCGGGAGCCCAGGCGGACCUUCCCGCAGAGGAACCAGACUGGCUGCCCCUCUACUGGCACCUCUGGAUGUCGGAUGCGCACCACACAGCCCGAAUGCCUGCCUCGCCGCCCGACGGCUGUCCUCCGGUGUCCUUCAUGCAUGAUGCAGAAACUCCGCUCAGCGUUUCACUCGAUGUAUUUGCGGGAUGGAUGGGGAUUUCACAGUCGGGUCAGUGCUGCUCGGAUGGGGAUCCGCUGGACUUGGGAAAAGGCGCGAACAGCCCGGGAUCGGAGUUUAACAGCGUGGUUGGCACGGAGUCCGCUAGCGGCAGUCCCACUAGCGGGACCCAAACGGAAGACGAGGCGGAGCACAGGGAGCACUCUGGCCGGGACGCGGCGGCGCCAAAGGAGCAGCAGCCGCCGGCUGAAGCGGCAUCGGGGUCGCAAGCCUCCGGUUGCGGCUCUUGGUACCGCCACAUGGAGUGGUUGCGAGGCGGCGGGACGCGCAUGCUGCGUUUGCUGGCGGCGGCGACGUCGGCCUCCUCCACGACUAGCAGCGGAAGCGACGGCGGCAGCGGCGGCGAGGGUAGCGGCAACUGUAGCGGCACUGGGAACAGCAGCAGUAGCAGCAGCACCAGUGACGGGCGAGGCUGUAGCAGCCACGGCGACUCGACGAGCGGUUCUGCGGUGGCAGGCAGCGCAGUGGCAAAGGGCGGGGUGAUGGGAGGCACAGGCAACGGCGCAGCAGCAGGGGCUUCGGCCGGAGGUGCCAUGCACACUCCUCUUUCCUCCGGCAAGUGUAGCAGCGGCGGAACUUGCAACCGAUGCGAAUGCUGUUGCAGUCACGCUGCAGCCGUAACCGCGCCUGACAGCGCAUUGAAUGGCGGAGCCUUUAGCAGUACGAUUGCGUCAUCGGGUCUGCCGUUGCUAUGGCUCAACCGACAAGUGUCUUACGAUGCGAGUCCAGCGGAGUUGGGAAUGUGCGACCAGUCCGUGGUGGCAUUGCUCAACCUUUGCGACCGGCCGGACUGCGCCGCCUGCCUGCUGACCCGUGGGUCACUUUACGGUAACGUCGAGCUCAUUGAGAAGGCACUUUCAGCUGGCGGCCUGGGUCCAGUGGACGAGCAGCAGAAUGUUCCCGCUGCGGGGCUGUCGGGUAGCAUUUCUGCUUCGGGGCUGGCGAAGGCGGCCGGCGCUGGCUCCGGGUCUGACGGUGGCUGUGGGAACCAUGAGGAUAAGGCAGCAUUGGGCGAUGACAAGGGCAGCAACCGGCCGCCCAUGCUCAUGCCGCUUGGUCUGGCAGCUGCGAAUGGGCAUGAAGGCGCUCUUAAGCUCCUACUCCAGCGCCGAGUGGACGACCCCAACGUGUGCGACAAGUUCGGGCUGCCCGCCCUGUGGUUUGCAGUGGAGCACGCGCAGCCCGGCUGCGUGCGGCUGCUGCUGCAGGCGGGCGCGCGGGCCGCGGACUGGGUGUUUGCGGCGCCGGCGGUGGCGGCGGCGGUGCAGGAGGCGCCGGCGGCAGCGGCGGCAGAGCGGGCGGCAGCGGAACGGGCCUCCGCUGCAGCGGCGGCGGGUCUGCCACUGGCCGUUGCCUCGUACAUGGCCCUGUGUCAUGCGGUGGAGGUCGGCGAUGUGCACUCUGUACGGGAGCUCCUGCGGUACGGCGCAUGUCCGUACACGCCGGACGACAGCAACGGCACUCCGUACCACAUGGCCAUUGAGCGGGGCGAUGUCGAGAUCGUGGAGGCGCUUCUAGAGGGCGAUCCGGCCUUUGAGGAGCUGCAGAGGGCCCAGGCGGACGUGUACCGUCGACUGCUGCAUGCGUCUCAGCGAGUGGAGCGAUCGGAAGUGGCGGGUUGCCCGUGCGUCCAGUGCAACUACCGAGUGGCCAUUAGGGCCGCCGCAAGUCCCGAGACGGAGGAGCUCCGCGCGCAGCUGCAGCUGGUGGCGCUGCCGGCCGUCAUGGACGCAGCGCCCCCGGAGGCCGCUGUGGCGCUGAUGGCGGCCAUGAGGCAGCGGGGGGCGCUGCUGGAUGCGCAUGAUGCCGACGGCUACACCGCCCUGCACCUGGCGGUCCGCGCCGGCAACCUGGACGCAGUCCGCUGGCUGCUGCAGCAGGGUGCCGACCCCAUGGAGCGGGACGCGCUGGGCUACAUGCCGCUGCACCUGCUGGCGCACUACGGCUGCAGCGCCGCACCCCAACCACCCCAACCGCCACCCGCGCCACCAACUGCGCAGAACAGCCCCGCCGCCGCUUCCAGUACCACCCCCACAGCAGCAGCCGCAGCAGCACCC